CUGACCGGUCUCACCCAGGCCUCCCGGCCACCCGGGCCCCCGGACCCUGCCCCUCCUGGGGGGCUCCCGGGCGCAGUGGGCUGUGGCGUGGGGUCCGGGCCCAGAGCCAGGGACUCUAAUCCCGUCACCCAGCGGCUCUGGGGGGCCGUGACAGGGACGAGAUGGAAGGGGCGAGGGCGCCGAGGAAAGGGACGUCCCCGGGGCGUGUGGCCUCCCAGUCCCACCACCCAGAGAAAAAAGUGCAAUUUCAGAAACGGGCUAGAAAUGCCGCUUGUGUGGGAAGCCCAAUCACCAGUUAAGCUUUUUCAGCAAAAGUGUGAAAAUCAAACUUUAUUGUCACCUGAAAAUCCUCCCUGUCGUCCGUGCCCCCUGCCAUCUUGGUCUCCUUGGGGGGCAGCAGGGGCACUUUGGUGACAGGCACCGCAGCCCUGAGGGGUGUGAGCCGUGGCUGGGGAGCCCUGCCACGUGCAGGCCCCAGAAUCUGGGUUCUGAGGCUCCCACCCUGGCCCCACUUUCCUGCUGGGGCUGUGACCUCAGGCUCCCUCCUGCCUCCUUCCUGGAGAGCUGAGGCUGGCUGGGGGCCCAGGGCAUGCCGGGGAUGGGUGGAGGCUGAGUCACCUGGGCUGGCAGUGCCCCUCAGAGCCCAGGCACAGCCGCCACCCACCUGACAACGAAGGGAGCUGGGGCCUUGGGUUCUCAGGAACCCCAUUCUGGAGCCCCGCCCCAUGGCUCUGCCUUCCUGAGGAGGGACGAGGCAAAUGCCAGGCGCUCAGCCCACAGGCACUGGGGACCUGGAGCCCAGAGGACCGAGAGGACAGACUGCUGCUGCUGCCACAAGCACCACUGCAGACCUGUGUCCUGUGGCCAGCCACCCACCUUGCUAGUCCGUGCUAUGGACCCACAUGAGAUGGUUGUCAAGAAUCCCUAUGCCCACAUCAGCAUCCCCCGAGCUCACCUGCGGCCCGACCUGGUAAAACAGCUGGAGGAAGGUCCCUGCCCAUCCUCCCCCUCUGUGUCCUCCGAGACACAGCCUGUGCCUGUAGGACCCUGUGCCCCGGAGCCCACCUGCCUCCUGCAGCCCACUGAGCUCCCAGGUGCCAAGGGGGCUGAGGGGGCCGCCCCCCUCCAGGGCCAGCAGACAUGGCAACACCCCGGCAACCCCUACGGCAGCACCCAGCGCCCGGCAGGACUGACCUACGCCGGCCUGCCGCCCAUUGGGCGUGGCGACGACAUUGCCCACCACUGCUGUUGCUGCCCCUGCUGCUCCUGCUGCCACUGCCCUCGCUUCUGCCGCUGCCACAGCUGCUGCUGCGUCGUCUCCUAGUCGGCGAGGGGCCUCUGCUCCUCGGACAUUUGGAGUGGCCAUGGCUCAGCUCAGGUCCCUGGAAACGGAGCCCUGAGCCCGAGGACACCCUUUGACCACCUUCUUCAAGCCAGGGCCCAGAAAAUAAAGUGGGAUGUGCUUGAUCUCCAAGACUCUGCUCCUUUCUGCUUCUGCUCCUUCUGGAUGGAGCCUGGGCUGGACGGUAGCAGAGCCCCCCCGCCAAAUACGCACACACACUCACAGCCUGUGGGACAUUCCAGGACAGGGUGGUAACUGCUUCAUGAUACAGACACUUCGGCUUGCAUGCAGGUCUCAGGUCUGGCCAGAGGCCGGGCAGGGAGGGAUAGGGGGUGGUUGGGGUUUGAGCUGUCCUGCACUGCCUGGGGCUGAGGCUGAGACUGGUCAGGCGGCAGGAGGCUGCCAUGCAUGGAACUGGGGCAGGGAGCCCCAAGACAGGCCUCUGGAAGGAGGACCAGGCUGGCAGAAGGGUGGUGGGUGGGGCUGGCACUGGCAGGUUUCGGGGAGCAGGAGCUUAGGAUGUGAGAACCCAGGUGGUCAGGACCCAGCCCUGCCCACCCAUGAGUCACCUACCGACGUCAGCCAGGGUGUUUUUCUGUUUCCCAUGAUACGUUUAAUUCCUGAACAUCUGCCACGCGGUGGUCAAGCCAUGCUGGUGGCCGCUGUCCUGUCUCCGGGGCCUGGACCCUGGGCUGCCUGGAAGAGGUGGUGGGACUGGAAUUGAAGGGUGCAGAGAGGGGCCGGGAGGGGUUGGGUGCGUCCAGCUCACUGCCCCCGCUGCCUAGCUUGCCUGUCUGUGGGAUAUGUGAGCAACCGGGCACACGUUCCACACAGCUGACCCAGAAGCCUGGAUGAGGCCAGUGCUGAGACAGCCCUGGCAUUUUAGGGCAGGGCAGUGGCACGGAGGUGAACCACGGAUGAGCUGGCCACGCAGGACAAACGGGUCUGCAUGCCGACCCUCCCUCAGUACCCAAUGGCUCACCCAGGGCAGGGAGGCGGGUGAGUGGUGUGCAGGGGUUGUGGGCGUGGGACAAAUGUGUCAUCAUGUGUCACGGGCUGACUCCGCAGGGCCAGGCACCCUGUGCUGCCCAGGGGAC